UGUAUGUUUGCUGGGUGAACUGAAUGGGAAUGAUACAGAAAAACAAUUCGUGACAGUUAAGGGGGUCACCUUAAAUAAGUUAAUCAUAUUCCUCGAGGGUUCAGAAACGACACAAGGGAUAACAGUGCGCGACGUCGGAUAACGAUAUACCACUACUGGUCUUUUAAUAGUUUUAUAGUUUAUAAUACACUUUAUUUUUUAAAAUGACUGUCUGUGAUCUAAUCACAGUGGAGGAGCCACAGUUGGGCGACUGUAAAGUGAAAAAGGAAGCCUCAGAAUUAUUAGGAUUUGUUCCUCAAAAAGUUGUUGUUUACAACCAACUUCUGCCUUACAAGGACAAAUUAGACGACGAGUCUACUGAAAUGUUGGCACAAAUCAAAGGAAAUUUGGGCCGAGCAGUUGAGCUCAGAGAGAUAUGGCCAGGUGUGUUAUUCUGGACGAGGAAACUUUCCACGUACUUGCGAUUAUAUGGAAGAAAGUUCAGCAAAGAGGAUCAUGUGCUCUUUAUCAAACUGCUUUACGAGUUGGUCACCAUCCCCAAACUGGAGGUCAGCAUGAUGCAGUGCUUUGCCCGCCUCCUUACCACCCUGCUGAAGAAGAAAGAGCUUCUUUCAAGAGAUGACUUGGAAUUACCAUGGCGACCCUUGUAUGAGCUGCAGGACAGGAUCCUGGAUUCAAAGACAGAACAUCUCGGCCUAAACUGGUUUCCUAGUUCUCUGCGGCCUCGUUCUUCCUCUAAGCACAUAAUUGUUAAACUUGCUCAGAGAUGCUCAUUGGAAGCUAUUAUAAAGGUCUUAAUCAGGAACUGCACGCCAUAUUUCCCAGUAUGCGCCACGCAGGAGAUGCUGGAUGAGUGGAGACCUCUUAUGUGUCCGUUUGAUGACACCAUGGAGAAGGCAAUGGGAUAUUUUGAGCUCUUUCUGCCCACCACACUCCCCCCAGAGCUGCAUGAUAAAGGCUACAAACUUUGGUUUGAUGAUUUCAUAAGCCUGUGGGUGUCUGUGCAGAACCUUCCCAGUUGGGAAGCGGACCUUGUCAGUAUUUUUGCACGACUAGCGAAUGACAACAUUGGUUACAUUGAUUGGGACCCUUACAUACCAAAGAUCUUUACUAGGAUCCUGAGAAGUCUGAAUCUUCCUGUAGGAUCUAACCAGAUGCUGGUUUCUAGAUAUUUGACCAAUGCUUACGACAUUGGUCAUGUGGCCAUCUGGAUUUCUGCCAUGCUGGGAGGGCCCAGCAAGCAGACCCAGACACAGCUCAGUGGCCUUUUUAACAGUAUUGCCCCUUUUUUCCACCCGUCUAACAACGGCUGCUGGCUGAUGAAACUCAUGAAGCUGUUGCAACGUUUGCCUGCUAGCGUGGUGAAGCGUCUGCAUCGAGAACGUUUCAGGAUGCCCACGUGGCUGACGCCCAUUCCUAAGAGCCACCUUCUCAGUGAGCAGGACAUCACUGACUUUGUGGAGAGCAUGAAGCAGCCCGUCCUACUGGCCAUGUUCAGCAAAACUGGCAGUCUGGAUGCAGCCCAGGCUCUGCAGAACCUCGCCCUGCUCAGACCAGAGCUAGUCAUUCCUCCAGUGCUAGAGAAGACAUACCCUGCCAUGGAGACCCUCACUGAGCCUCACCAGCUAACCGCCACUCUCAGCUGCAUGAUCAGUGUGGCACGCUGUCUGGUGGCCGGGGGUCAGAGAUUUCCAGAGGGCCCUACACACAUGCUACCACUCCUAAUGAGAGCUCUACCUGGGAUCGACCCCAAUGACUUCAGGAAGUGCAUGAUAACAUUCCAGUUCAUUGCAACUUUUGUUACUCUUGUGCCAUUGGUUGAUUGUUCAUCUGCCAUUCGGGCACGAGAUGACCUCACACAGGUGGAAAAGGAGCUGUGCUCCGCCUCGGCUGAGUUUGAGGAUUUUGUUCUACAGUUUAUUGACCGGUGUUUUGCAUUGAUUGACAGCAGUACUCUUGAACAGACCCGAGAGGAGAUGGAGACAGAGAAAAUGACUCAGCUGGAGAGUCUAGUGGAAUUGGGCCUGUCCUCCACAUUUACCACUAUCCUCACACAAUGUUCUGCGGAAAUAUUCCAGGUUGCUCUGAAGAAGCUCUUCAACUUUGCAACCAUUAACAUAUUUGAGACUCACGUGGCUGGCCGGAUGGUGGCGGACAUGUGCCGAGCUGCAGCCAAGUGUCACGCAGAAGAGGCCUUGCAGCUUUUUGUGCCUCACUGCUGUAAUGCCAUACUACAAAUCACUACGAAUGAGGAGGUGUUAAAUGAGGAGGAGCUGGAUAAAGAACUCAUGUGGAACCUCCAGCUGUUGUCCGAGGUGUCUCGUGUGGACGGUGAUAAAGUUUUACUCUACAGAUCUCAGCUGGUGCAGAUUCUGCAGUUGACCCUGCACUUGAAAUGUAAACAGGGUUACAGUCUGGCCUGUAAGCUGCUUCAUCACAUCCUGCGCUCUGUCUGCCUCAUUUACCCCAAAGAGUUCUGCAGCGUACCCGGCGGCUUCCACCGGCACACAGACAAAUACCUGCCGAUCAAGGAUUGGGGUCGGCCAGGAGACCUUUGCAACCUGGACAUCCAGUGGCAUGUGCCCACUGCUGAUGAGAAAGAGUUUGCCUUCUACCUGCUGGAUCUGGUGCUAAAGCCUGAACUCCAGCGUCUGCAGAAGUGCACACAGGGAGACCAAGAGAUGAGCAGGGAUGAUGUUUUGCAGAGUCUUUCCAUAGUUCAUCAUUGUCUUCUGGGAGCAGCCAGCCUUCUGUCCCCACUAAAUGGAGAACCAGUGCCAGACCUAAUCAGCAGUAUGGUUCAGAUGAACGAGACAAAUGUGUAUGCCGGAGUAGAUUAUGAUGCAUCUAAAGAGAACUACAGACAAGACAUCUGUAACACUAUCAGACCUUUACUACGUCACACACUAGUGCACUCUGAAGAUGACACUAAAUCCCUCUUCUCUAUAAUAAAGAUAAUCAGUGACCUCCUCCACUUUAAAGGUGUACACAGACACGAGUUUGACUCUCGCUGGAAGAGUUUUGGCCUCGUAAAGAAGUCCAUGGAGAACAGGCUUAAUGGAAGUAAACAACACAUCAGAGCGGUGCUUAUAGACAGAGUCAUGCUGCAACAUGAGCUAAGAAAUGUGAUCCUGGGCAGUUGUGACUACAAGACUGUUCACAAGGAUCUGAUAAAUGACCUGCUUAGACUGUCUACCAGCAGGUACAGUCAGGUGAGAAGUAAAGCUCAAACUGUGCUGUUUACAGCUCUUGGAACCUACAAUUUCUGCUGUAAAGACAUAAUCCCAGCUGUGCUCGAGUACCUGGACCCAAACCGCACAGACGUCACACAACAGCAGUUCAAAGGUGCCUUGUACUGUCUGUUGGGAAAUUAUUCUGGGAUCUGUCUCGCGAACUUGCAGUACUGGGACUGCAUUGCUAUGACGUGGCCCGCCAUUGUCCGAUCUGGCAUGAGCUCCUGUAUGUCACUAGAGAAGCCUUCUAUUGUGCGGCUCUUUGAUGACCUUGCUGACAAGAUCCACCGGCAGUAUGAGACCAUCGGCAUUGACUUUUCUGUCCCAGAAAGUUGUUUGGAAGUUGCUCAUAAAUUACUGAAAACCAGUAAUCCAGAGCCAACACCAGGAUGCGUUACUGAAGAGGAGGAACUAGAAGGAAAGCGUCAGCAACUGGAGAUAAACGAUAAGUCAAAGCAAAAAUAUGAAAAGCUAGUGGCGGCUCUUUUGGACUGUCUCAAUGAAAGAAACAUGCCCUGGAAAUUCGAGCAGAUUGCCAUCGGCUUCCUCUCGUUGAUGCUGCGAGACGACCACCCUCUGCCAUCCUCCGCCGUCCUCUUCUUCGUCCAGUGUCUCAACCACGACUCCAUCUUAGUUCGCAAUGUUGCGAUAGCUGCAGUAGGUGGAAUCCUGCAACAGCUGAAGAGUCCUCACAAGAAAGUGGCAGUAAAUCCAUACAACAUAUCUGAGCUUAAAUCCUCGCUACAAUCAAAUGAGGGUAAAGCUCUUAGCUCUCUCUUGGCUGGCGACAGACCCGAUAACCAGUGGCUCCAGUAUGACAGUAGCCGAUUGCCGCGCUCCCAGAAGGACUGGGAUGAAUGCUGCUUCAUUGAGAAAACACACUGGGGUUAUUCCACAUGGCCACGGAAGCUGCUACUCUAUGCCCCUCCUGAAGAACAGCCCAAACAGAGCAAAACCAGAGAAGAGAUGAAUGAGAGUGAACAGAUCAUAUAUGAUCAUUUCUCGGAUGUGCUGUUUAUAGAUCAGUUCAUCCGCUAUUUGUCUUUGGAGGACAGAAAAGGCAAAGAUAAAUUUAGCCCUCGUAGAUUUUGUCUCUUUAAGGGUCUUUUUCGGAACUUUGAGGAUGCAUUCCUGCCACUUCUAAAGCCUCAUAUGGAGCGUCUGGUCGAAGAUUCCCAUGAGAGCACCCAGCGCUGUGUAGCUGAGAUUAUAUCUGGACUAAUCAGGGGCUCCAAACACUGGAGCUACAACAAGGUGGAAAAAUUGUGGGAUCUGCUCUGUCCACUUCUUCGUACAGCCCUCUCCAAUAUCACCAUAGAGACGUAUGCUGACUGGGGCACCUGUAUCGCCACUGCCUGUGAGAGCAGAGACCCUCGAAAACUUCACUGGCUAUUUGAGAUGCUGAUGGAGUCACCUGUCAAAGGAGGAGGAGGGGGAUCAUUUGUGGAUGCCUGUCACCUGUAUAUCCUGCAAGGAGGCCUUGCUCAGCAGCAGUGGAGAGUACCAGAGUUGCUUCACCGGUUACUCCAAUACCUAGAACCCAAGCUUACUCAGGUCUACAAGAACGUACGCGAACGCAUCGGCAGUGUGCUUACCUACAUCUUCGUGAUCGACGUGAACCUGCCGUACACUCUGCCCACCACGUCCCCUCGCAUCAGAGAGUUCACAGAACGUGUGGUGGCUCGACUCAAGCCGCUGAUGGAAGGAGAGGAAGAAAUCCAGAACCACGUGAUGGAGGAUAACGUGGAGGGGAACCAAGACGAGAGGACACAAGCCAUCAAACUACUCAAAACUGUGUUAAAGUGGUUGAUGACCAGCACUGGACGCUCUUUCUCUUCUGUUGUCCCUGAACAACUGCUCCUUCUGCCUCUUCUCUUUAAAAUUGCUCCCGUUGAGAAUGACGACAGUUAUGACGAGAUAAAGAGAGACGCCAAGACCUGUCUGUCUCUCAUUUCGCAGGGGCUGCUGUACUCGGAACAGAUCCCACAAGUCCUCAGCUUGCUUGAAGAGAUAUCCAGGAGCAGCUCUUGGCACGCACGGUACUCCGUUCUCACUUUCCUGCAGAUCAUGGUGUUCUACAAUCUCUUCACUUUUCUCAGCGAUGCCAAGGCCGUGAGUGACGUAAGAGCGCUUGUGAUGCGUCUGCUGGAGGACGAACAGCUAGAGGUGAGGGAACUGGCCGCCACCACUCUAAGUGGAUUCCUGCAAUGUGAUUUUCUUCUCAUCGAUGAACCUCUCCAGGCCCACAUUGAGUCCCUGAGCAAAACCCGCUUGCCCAAACGCAAGAGAAGAGACAUGUGUUCGGUGGUGGACACCAUCCCAUCUACAGAUCUGGUGCGUCGCCAUGCGGGUGUGUUAGGACUGAGUGCCUGCGUUCUAUCCAGCCCGUACGAUGUGCCCACCUGGAUGCCCCAGAUGCUGAUGGAUUUGAGUGCCCACCUCAAUGACACACAGCCCAUAGAGAUGACCGUAAAGAAAACCCUUUCUGAUUUCCGUCGCACUCAUCAUGAUAACUGGCAGGAACACAAGCAGAAGUUCACUGAUGAUCAGCUGCUGGUGCUCACAGAUCUGCUGGUGUCCCCCUGUUACUACGCUUAGAAUCAAUUUACUAUCUGGUGGAAGAGAAACAAAUCUUCUAUUGGUUUUGAUAAAAAAAACAAAGCUUGAAAUUUUUGGUGUUUUUGUUUAUUCCAAAUGUCUGACUGAAUGCUUUUGGAGGACAGAAAUGAAUUGAUUACUGUAUUCAUGUACUGUAACAAUAGUUGAAGUCAUCUAGUUAUAAGAUUACUAGAGUGUUGAGAUUGUUUGUUAUUUUGUUUUAGGUUUUUUUGGUUACACUUAAUAUUUAAGGGGAACCUGUUGCAGGUAUGACUCACCUGCAUUAUAUACAGUCAUUUUCUUGUGCAUUGUGUGUUUUCACAAAAGUUUGUGCAAAAAGAAUCUCUAUUUAAAAGAUAAGUAUUCAAUAUGAAGCAGUUUUCUGCACUGCUUUGUAAAAUUAUCUAGUACUGUUAUCAUUUAGCAGUGAUUUAUUUGAAAUGUAUACACUUGUAACGCACUGAAAAAAAAGAUUCAUUCAAUUUACUCAAUUUUUUAAGGUAAGUGGUUGCAAUCAAUUUAUUUAAGCUACAUUUAAACAAAAAAGAUUAGUAAAAUAAAAACUUUUGUUUAAAUGUAGCUUAUAUAAAUUGAUUGCAAUUUAUCUUUUUUUGUGUGUGUGUGUGUGUGUGUGUAUGAGUUAGAAAUAUAAAUUAAUUUGAAUAGUUUUGUUUUAAAGGGGCCAUGGCAUGAAAAUCAGACUUUUUCCAUGUUUAAGUGCUGUGAUUGCAACCUAGAAAAUGUGAAAAAGAUCAACCCAGUAACUUAGUUUUGGUAAACCAUUCUCUACAAGCAUGUGAAAAAAUAGCUCUCCUUAUGAUGUCAUAAGGAGCUCUUAUUAUAAUAAUACCGCCCCUUAAUCUGGACUAUUCAACCACAGCACUGCCAUUUCGUGCAGAGAGAGAAAGAGAGAGAGCGAAAAUAAUUCACAGCACAAUUAAGUUUCAAUUUCAACAAACCACCAUCAUUGUGAUCAGUGUUUGCACUUCAUUUGCACAUUUGCAUGUAAAAGGACACACCCAAAACGGCACAUUUUUGCACACACCUACAAAGUGGCAAUUUUAACAUGCUAUAAUAAAUUAUCUAUGUUUUUUUUUUUUCAGCUAAAACUACACAUUUGUGCUCUUAGGACAUCAAAGAUUCAUUUGACAUCUUAAAAAAGUCUUGUGACAUGGCGCUUUUAACUCCUUUCUGUCCAUACAGAUGUUACACAUGUGUGUUUUUUUAACAGAGGGAAAGUUUUGUUCUCUGUACAUAAUAUCAUUUUUGUAGUCAACAAAAGAUAUUCAUUAUUUCUUAAUGUAUUUGAUUGAAGCUUUUUUGAGUUUUAUUAUUUUGAGUUCACUUUUACAUGCGUUUGGAUUUUGUUUUCCUAUAUGAGAUUUUUAUAGCCACAGACUGCAGUUGCUAAGUUAGAAAGCUGACGAAGAAAUGCAGAGUUUUGCAGUCGUGUCGUGUGUUUUUGGUUGUACUGCUAAAUCAAACAGUGAUUUGUUGUCUUUAAUUUAGCCUAUACUGUGUCAAAAGCAUGUCUUAUGUCAUAAUGUUGAACUUUUAUCAACUGGCAACUUGUUUUGGUAGACUAUGAGUUGGCCGUGCUAUAACAUUUGAAUAAUGGUGGGUUUUUUUUGUCUGGAUAUCUUUUUACAAAUUUUUAAAGAAUUAUUAGCUAUGAGAUUUUUAAUAAACUGUGUCAGAUUU